GCGCAUGCGCGGGGAGAAGUGCGGAAGGUGAAGAUGGCGGCGGCCGGAGCUGGGGCCCUGGGAGUUCGAUGGCUGAGAAGGGUUGUCGGGAACGUGGUGCCGCUAGGGGCACGGACAGCCUCCCACAUUACCAAGGACAUGCUUCCGGGGCCCUAUCCUAAGACCCCAGAAGAACGGGCAGCCGCCGCCAAGAAGUACAAUAUGCGUGUGGAAGACUACGAGCCUUACCCGGAUGAUGGCAUGGGGUAUGGUGACUACCCGAAGCUCCCUGAUCGCUCACAGCAUGAGAGGGAUCCAUGGUAUGAAUGGGACCACACAGACCUAAGGUUGAACUGGGGUGAACCGAUACACUGGGACCUAGACAUGUAUAUCAGGAACCGUGUGGAUACAUCCCCCACACCUGUUUCUUGGAAUACCAUGUGUAAGCACCUUUUCGGCUUCGUGGCCUUCAUGAUUUUCAUGUUCUGGGUGGGGGAGAAAUAUCCCACCUACCAGCCUGUGGGGCCGAAGCAGUAUCCUUAUAAUAAUCUGUACCUGGAACGAGGAGGUGAUCCCACCAAAGAACCUGAGCCAGUGGUUCACUAUGAGAUCUGAGCAGGCACCAUGGGCUUUUGUGCUCUCUAACCAGAACUCCCUCAUUUCUAGAGAUUUAACCUUAAUGAAAUCCCUAAUAAAACUCAGUGCUGUGGUA